GGAAGCCGAGCGGGCGUCUGAGAGAAGUCCGCGGGCAGUGGGAGCAGGGCCGUCCGCUACGAUGAUUCCACCGCAGGAGGCUUCCGCCCGGCGGCGGGAAAUCGAAGACAAGCUGAAGAAGGAGGAGGAGACGCUGUCCUUCAUCCGAGACAGCCUGGAGAAGAGCGACCAGCUCACUAAGAACAUGGUGUCUAUCCUGUCGUCCUUUGAGAGCCGGCUCAUGAAGCUGGAGAACUCUAUUAUCCCCGUGCACAAGCAGACGGAGAAUCUGCAGAGGCUGCAGGAGAAUGUAGAAAAGACAUUAUCCUGCCUGGACCAUGUCAUCAGCUAUUACCACGUAGCCAGCGACACUGAGAAGAUCAUCAGGGAGGGUCCCACAGGCAGGCUGGAAGAAUACCUGGGAAGCAUGGCCAAAAUCCAGAAGGCUGUGGAGUAUUUUCAGGACAACAGCCCGGACAGCCCAGAGCUCAACAAAGUGAAGCUGCUGUUUGAGCGGGGGAAGGAGUCCCUGGAGUCUGAGUUCCGCAGUCUGAUGACCCGGCACAGCAAGGUUGUCUCCCCUGUGCUCAUCCUGGACCUGAUCAGUGGUGAUGAUGACCUGGAGGUCCAGGAAGAUGUGACCCUGGAGCAUCUGCCUGAGAGUGUGCUCCAGGAUGUGAUCCGCAUCUCCCGCUGGCUGGUGGAGUAUGGCCGGAACCAAGAUUUCAUGAAUGUCUACUACCAGAUCCGCUCUAGCCAGCUGGACCGCUCCAUCAAAGGCCUGAAGGAGCAUUUCCGCAAAAGCAGUUCCUCCUCUGGGGUGCCCUACUCCCCUGCCAUCCCCAACAAGAGGAAAGACACACCUACCAAGAAGCCCGUCAAGCGGCCAGGGAGAGAUGACAUGCUGGAUGUGGAGACUGACGCCUACAUUCACUGCGUCAGCGCCUUUGUCAAGCUGGCCCAGAGUGAAUACCAGCUGCUGGCGGACAUCAUUCCUGAGCACCAUCAGAAGAGAACCUUUGACUCCUUGAUUCAGGAUGCACUGGACGGACUGAUGCUCGAGGGGGAGAACAUCGUGUCUGCUGCCAGGAAAGCCAUCAUCCGCCAUGACUUCUCCACGGUGCUCACAGUCUUCCCCAUCCUGCGGCACCUCAAGCAGACCAAGCCUGAGUUUGACCAGGUGCUCCAGGGCACAGCAGCCAGCACCAAGAACAAGCUGCCCAGCCUCAUCACCUCCAUGGAGACCAUUGGAGCCAAAGCACUAGAAGACUUUGCUGACAACAUUAAGAAUGAUCCAGACAAAGAAUACAACAUGCCGAAGGAUGGCACCGUCCACGAGCUUACAAGCAACGCCAUCCUUUUCCUGCAGCAGCUUCUGGACUUUCAGGAGACGGCAGGUGCCAUGCUGGCCUCUCAAGAAACCAGCUCUUCGGCCACCAGCUACAGCUCCGAGUUCAGCAAGCGCCUGCUGAGCACCUAUAUCUGCAAAGUCUUGGGAAACCUGCAGCUGAACUUGCUGAGCAAGUCCAAGGUGUAUGAGGACCCAGCACUGAGCGCCAUCUUCCUACACAACAACUAUAACUACAUCCUCAAGUCCUUGGAGAAGUCUGAGCUGAUCCUGCUGGUGGCUGUGACCCAGAAGACUGCUGAGCGUUCCUACCGGGAGCACAUCGAGCAGCAGAUCCAGACCUACCAGCGCAGCUGGUUAAAGGUGACUGAUUACAUCGCAGAGAAGAAUCUACCAGUGUUCCAGCCUGGAGUCAAGCUCCGGGACAAGGAGCGGCAGAUGAUUAAGGAACGUUUCAAGGGAUUCAAUGAUGGCCUUGAAGAACUGUGCAAGAUCCAGAAGGCCUGGGCCAUUCCCGACACAGAGCAGAGGGACAAGAUUCGACAAGCUCAGAAAAGCAUUGUCAAGGAGACCUAUGGGGCCUUUCUGCACAGGUAUGGCAGCGUGCCCUUCACCAAGAACCCCGAGAAGUACAUCAGGUACCGUGUGGAGCAGGUGGGCGACAUGAUCGAUCGCCUUUUCGACACCUCUGCCUAAGCCCGCCCGCGUGCUGCCGUGUGGGUGCCAAGAAUGGGAUGGCAGACUCCACCCUGGUCUACUUCCGUCCUCUUCAGCCCACAGAUGAGCGGGCUCAAAGAACAGGCCAAAUGGCAGCCGGCACAGCUGGAGGCCAGACUGUCAUGUGACCUACUCUCUGGGACUUGUGCAGUAGCCACAGUUCUCUGGAAUGCCCUGCUACCUGGGAGUCCCCUGGCAACAAGAGGCGGGAGGGCUCUUUCUCUGGUCCCUUUGGAUCUAGCACACUGUGAGAAGUGUUUGGAGGAGCUGUGAACCACCCUGUGGGGCCAGCCCCUCAGGCAUCUGUUCCCUGGCUCCCAGCUUCGGUGCUCACGACCCAGGGCACGCAGUGGUGGCUACAGAAACUUUAGCCUAGAAGCAUGAGGGGCAGGGAACUGGCGGACAAAGAGAAGCAAUUCAGGAGCAAAGUGUGAGGCCGUGAGGGUGAAGCUGGGCUGUAGUUGGCAAUGAACAACUGUGUCAGGAAGGGCAGACCCUUAGGGUGCAUUUGGGUGAUGGCUUGUUUUGCUUUUAUACACGGGGAUGCAUGAGCCUCCUGCUAGAGAAUGGAGCUGACCCUCUCUAGAGACACUGUCCUAGCCAUAGGAACUGUGCUGUACCCUCAAAUCUGUAUCCCUAGGCCCCAUCCUGUUACAGACUGGGCUGUCCACCAGGAGGCUACCUUGCCAGGGGCCAGGUCACACUUGCAUGUGUCCCAUAUCCACACUGGCCACAUACAUGACCUGACUGCACAUCACACUGGCCACAUACAUGACCUGACUGCACAUCACACUCCCACAUACAUGAGGAAGAAGGUGUGCUCAGCAACUGUUGCUCGGCCCUUUCUUGAACUCUUUCCUGCUCCGGAAGUUGCUGGCAGGGAAAGGAACCGUCUUCCAGAGCAGAAGGGUAAAAGACAGGGCUUCUUAGUCCAGAGUGUCCCUUCUUUAGAUCCUCGACUAAUUAAAGUUUGCGUCUGGUUCUUCCUAA